AUGGCUGUAGUCUUUGUGUGUUUAGCAGUAGCAGCUCUAACGUGGGGUUUUCUCUUGGCUUGGACGACCCUGGACCUAAUGCAAAGUAGGGAACCGUUAGGCCGACUGACAGCCCAAGGCCGGACUCUCCUGGUCAUCGCGCACCCCGACGAUGAAGCCAUGUUCUUUGCUCCCACGGUGCUAGGCUUGACCCGUCUGAAGCAUCAGCUGUCCUUGCUCUGUUUCUCCACAGGAAAUUUCUAUAAUCAAGGAGAGAUCCGCAAGAAAGAACUUAUGGAGAGCUGUGGUGUUUUGGGGAUUCCACCUUCCAGUGUAAUGAUUAUCAACAAUAGGGCUUUCCCGGAUGACCCACAUAUACAGUGGGACACACAACAUGUGGCCAGCAUCCUCCUCCAGCACAUAGAAGCAAAUGACAUCAGCCUGGUGGUGACCUUCGAUGCCAAGGGAGUGAGUGGGCACAUCAAUCAUGUUGCUCUUCAUCUGGCUAUGAGGACCCUGCACUCAGAAGGGAGGUUACCCAAAGGGUGCUCUGUGCUCAUGCUGGAGACUGUGAAUGUGGUGCGCAAGUACAUCUCUCUUCUAGAUCUGCCCCUUUCUCAGCUUCAGACCCAGAAUGUCCUCUUUGUGCUUUCUGGAAAAGAGGUAACACAAGCCAAGAGAGCCAUGGCCUGCCACCAGAGCCAGCUCCUCUGGUUCCGACACCUCUACAUUUUCUUCUCCCGGUACAUGAGGAUCAACUCACUCCACUUUCUAUAA